AUGAAAUUAAUAUUUUAAAUGCCCUGUUAUGUGGAUAUUUCUCAAUUGAGUUGACUCCCCAAGUUCACAAUUGUUUUCUGUUACUUUAAAAUAUAUUUUCCCUCUGCCACCUAUCCUUCACUAACACAUGACCACAUUUGUCUUGUUAGCCAUGGCCUUGCUAUGAAUAGCAUUGGUACCAACUCCCUAGAUCCUCAUGUUCUAUCUGCUUCAGCAACAACAUAGUACCCACCUUGAAGGCAGGUGAAUGAGCUGAACAGAGGUGUGUGGUACCCCCCUCCCUUUUUUUAAAUGUAACCAGACACCUUUUUCUGUUCUCCCCCUCCCCCUCCCCCCUUUAUUUGGAUUAGUGUGAGAAACAGAAUAGUUUAAAAUGAGCCACUGAAGGGGCAGAGGGCUGGUUGGCACGGGGCGUGGCUUUUGGUGCCUCCCGAAGGCGUGCUGCUGCCCAGGCCACCCCAGCCCCUCUGUGACAGAAGGAGACCGUGGAAGACUCAGCUGAGCCAAGCAUAUGGAGUUGGAGGACCAGGACCACAGAGGUUACUCUCUGGGAUCCUGGCCAUGAGGUUUGAUGCCUCCUCACCUUGCUGAAGAGAGACACUGGACCUAAAUGGCGCAGCAUGACUUUGUCCCUGCUUGGCUUAAUUUCUCCACACCACAGUCAGCUAAGUCUCCUGCAGCCACCUUUGAAAAACAUGGAGAGCACCUAUCCCGAGGAGAAGGACGAUUUGGAGUGAGCCGCCGGAGACAUAACUCUUCUGAUGGUUUUUUUAACAAUGGGCCCCUGCGGACUCCAGGAGAUUCCUGGCACCAACCCUCCCUGCUCCGCCAUGACUCCGUAGAUUCGGGUGUCUCCAAGGGCACGCAUGCCGGACUCGCUGGGAACCAGUCCGGCUGGCAUGGCUCUGCCCGGGGUCACGAUGGCAUGAGCCAGCGCGGCGGGGGGGGAGCAGGGACCCACCGCCACUGGAAUGGCAGCUUCCACUCCCGCAAGGGCUCUGCCUUUCAGGAAAAGCCACCUACUGAGGCCAGGGAAGAAAAGAAAGAAGAGAAGGCGGAGAAGUUGCAGUUUGAGGAGGAAGACUUUCCAUCUUUGAAUCCAGAAGCUGGGAAACAGAGUCAUCCAAGCAGACCUGUUGGGACACCUUCUGGAGUAUGGGAAAAUCCUCCGAGUGCCAAGCAACCUACCAAGAUGCUGGUCAUCAAAAAGGUUUCCAAAGAGGAUCCUGCCGCUGCCUUCUCUGCUGCAUUCACCUCACCAGGACCUCACCUUGCAAAUGGGAACAAGCCCACAACUAUUGUCCCAAGUGUCUACAAAAACCUCGUCCCAAAGCCGGCUGCACCUCCUUCCAAGCCCAGUCCAUGGAAAGCUAACAGGACAGAACACAAAGCGGGCUCGCUCUCCUCUAGCCGGGAUUCUGCCUUUACCAGUCCAGUUGCUGUCACCAAACCAGUAGUACUGGCAAGUGGCUCAGUACUUCCCUCUCCCAAAGAGAGCCCCUCCAGCACCACCCCUCCCAUCGAGAUUAGCUCCUGCUGAUUAACCAAGCUGACUCGUCGGACCACAGACAAAAAGAGUGAGUUCCUGAAGACCCUGAAGGAUGAUCGGAAUGGAGAGAUCUCAGAGAACCGAGAAUGUGACAAGCUGGAGGACGUAAGAAUGGAGGGGAACAGCACACCAGAACCAAAGGAAAAUGGGGAGGAGAGUUGCCAUCAGAAUGGCCUCACUCUCCCUUUAAUGGAAGAGGGAGAAGGCCUCUCUCUCUCAUUGGAAGCAGAACACAGGUUAUUGAAAGCAAUGGGCUGGCAGGAAUACCCAGAGAAUGACGAGAAUUGUCUUCCCCUCACGGAGGACGAGCUAAGAGAGUUCCACAUGAAGACAGAGAAGUUAAGAAGAAAUGGCUUUGGGAGGAACGGAUUCUCUCAGAGCCACCGACGCCUCUCCAGCCUCUUUGCCACUUGGAGAAAUGCUUUUAAGCCUGAGGCUGAGGACUCGGGGACAGAAACAAGCAGCAGCGAAACUUCCGAUGACGAGGCCUGAGCCGAGAGUGAGGGCUCCACUCUCAGUCACAGGGGUUUGGAUUAGAGUUGUUUAAAUGAAACCGUUCUUUUUCCUUUCUUUUUUCAUUCAUUGCUGUUGAAUCCUUCAUGCACAAGGGAAUGAUCGAAUCCCAAAGAAGAGAGAUUGGCUUGUUGGGCUUUUUUGGUUCAGCCCGUUCUAUGCUUAAUAGAGAAGUUUGUAUAGCUGGGAAAUUGGUGAUAAAAAAAAAUAAAAUAAAUCUAGAACCACGCGCAUACAUACAUAUACACACACAAACAGACAAACACAAACACACAUGGCCAUGUGCACAUGUGUGUAGGACAAUAAAGCAGUCUGACCGACCUGGCAGAAGUGAGCAAGAGGCCUACCUUGGCAGCCAAGAGCUUUCUGACCCAGCCCCACCCACCCCAGCCAGCCCCCCCUGCCUGCCCUGGGCCUCCUGGAGUCCAGGGCUACUCACAAUGUGCUCAAACAAUCAUUGUCAAUGACAAAAUGACUACAGAAGAUAUAAUUGUGUUAAAUUAAUGCAAGUAACAUGGAUUUUUAAUUUUCUUUUAUUUUUGGCGGCUCGGGCAGCUUUCAUCACUUAACCAAGCAUUUGUGGGUUUCCUUUUUUUUUCCUUUUUGGGUACAGCUGUAAAAUAUUUGGAUAUAGGAAUUGUUGUGUUCUUCUUGCAGCCUUGAUAUUCAGGGUGGAUUGUAAAAUAUAAAUUUUUGUGAGAUUUCAAAGAUUAAGAUUAUUUUGAUAACAUUAUUUACAGAUUUUAAAAAGU